CGCGCCGCCCGACGUCCGUCAUUCAUUUCGUUUCCGUCAUUCUCCGGCAUUCGGCGGGCGACCGUACGUGCGCUUCCGUGUUACCGUUAACUGAUAGUGUUCUGAUAAAUGAGAAACGCGACAGCCGUCGUCGUCGGUUGCCGUUGACCGCCGACCCGAUGGACGCCGACGAACGGGAAGUGCGAAAAUAAAUACGAAAGCCGUUCGUUUUCCCCGUUCACCACAAUUAUUCAUUAUCUACGUCUAUUAGUUUGAACGUAUCCGUUCCUGCACGCGCUGUAUGGAAACCGGACCACUGAUCGUUCAACAUGGCUCGAGAACCGGUGCUGGUGCACGUCUACGAUAUGUAUUGGAUCAAUGAAUACACUACACAUAUGGGUCUUGGUGUAUUCCAUUCUGGCAUUGAAGUGUAUGGACAAGAAUAUGGAUAUGGAGGUCAUGAUAGACCAGAUUCUGGGAUUUUUGAUAUGAUUCCAAAAGAUGUUUAUGAAUUAGGAGACCAUUAUAGAUACAGAGAAUCCAUUUACAUUGGAAGUACAGAUUUUACUGUUAGUGAUGUUAAACGAAUAAUGGUUGAACUUGGUAAGGAUUUUCGAGGUGAUAAAUACCAUUUAAUGAAUAAAAACUGUAAUCAUUUUUCUGGAUCAUUAACAAAGAUUUUAUGUGGACAAGAUAUACCAAGUUGGAUAAAUAGGCUAGCAUAUGUUAGCUCAUGUAUUCCUUUUUUCCAACGUUGUUUACCAAAGGAAUGGUUAACUCCAAUCUCUCUUCAACGCAAUUUGUCUCGAAAGAAAUCGGAUGCUUCUACAGAGCAACUAAACCCAUAACAUAAUUAAUUUUUCAUCAUAUUAAUUAUAAAUGUUUAUAAUAUUAUGAUGUGUGCCAUUCACAUUAAAUGCCUACUACUAUACAAAUAUAUUAAAAUAAACAUGUA